GAAAUACAGUUGACGUCAUUUUGUAAGUGCGCACGGGCGCACCGGAAGGAAGUGGGUGUUAGCUGACCGAGGUUAGCGAGCUACAUUUUCGAAGUCUGCUGUGGGGGUCUAUGGAAGAGAUGUCAGGAGAGAGUGUGGUGAGCUCGGCAGUGCCAGCAGCUACUACCCGGACCACAUCCUUUAAAGGCUCCAGCCCCAGCUCCAAAUAUGUCAAGUUAAAUGUGGGCGGAGCAUUGUACUACACUACAAUGCAGACACUGACCAAACAGGACACAAUGCUUAAAGCCAUGUUUAGUGGCAGGAUGGAGGUCCUCACUGACAGCGAAGGUUGGAUUCUGAUUGAUCGCUGCGGGAAACAUUUCGGAACAAUUCUUAACUACCUGCGAGAUGGAGCAGUCCCACUUCCAGACAGCCGACGGGAAACUGAAGAGCUUCUUGCUGAGGCCAAAUAUUAUCUCGUCCAGGGUCUAGCAGAUGAAUGUACUGCUGCUCUGCAGAACAAAGAAACCUACGAACCUCUUUGUAAAGUGCCUCUGAUGACGUCAUCUAAGGAGGAACAGAGGCUCAUUGCCACCUCAAAUAAGCCGACUGUCAAACUGCUGUAUAAUAGAAGCAACAACAAAUAUUCAUAUACCAGCAAUUCAGACGACAACAUGCUGAAAAACAUUGAGCUGUUUGACAAGCUGUCCCUGCGGUUCAAUGGGCGAGUCCUCUUCAUCAAAGACGUGAUUGGGGAUGAAAUCUGUUGCUGGUCAUUUUAUGGCCAGGGGCGCAAGAUUGCUGAAGUGUGCUGCACUUCUAUUGUCUAUGCAACAGAAAAGAAGCAGACCAAGGUUGAGUUCCCCGAGGCGCGGAUCUAUGAAGAGACCCUCAACAUCCUCCUGUACGAGUCGCACGAUGGCCGGGGUCCAGACAACGCCCUGCUGGAGGCCACGGGCGGGGCUGCAGGACGGUCUAAUCAUCUGGACGAGGACGAUGAGCGAGAACGAAUCGAGCGAGUUCGUAGGAUUCACAUCAAACGGCCCGAUGACCGCACACACCACCACCAGUGACCUUUGUCCUUUGACCUGUUAGCCUGUGCCCCUGAUCCUGGACAGUCUUUGCACCACACUUGUGCCUUACACCGCCCAGCGCCUGUUUCAGUCCCCCCCCCCCCCCCCCCCCCCCCCCCUCUUAUUUUAGAGCUUUCUCUCAGAGAUGACGAGUGUGUAGUGGUGAAGUGUUUGUGUGUCCUCUUUAUUGUGUGGAUGGACUGUAGUGUGUCGUUCUCUUAUAUGUUAGCCAUGAUAUCUUCUAUCACAAAUUCCUGCAGCUGCGCUCAUUGUUCUGGAUGUUUGCAUUCAGCACUGCAGGUGACCACGAUCUCCAGUGUUAUUUUUGGGGAGGUAAUAAAAUAAUGUCAGUAUAAAUGUUAUUAGAGGAUAUAGCUGCAUUUUAUUCAGAAGAAGGUGUUAUAUCAUGUAAGCAAACUAAAAAUGUGUGUAAAUAGUUUAGCUUUCCUGUACCACGGUUCUGACGGGUGCACUGUGAAGAUCAGUGGAUGAACCUGGUGUAGUACACCAUGUGUCCACACGGUGACACUGUUUUACUCUGAAAAGAAGUUACUUGGGCUGUUUGUAGCCUGCACACAAUAGCAAUUAAACUUACAGAAUUCCUUUUCUUUUUUUUUAACACUUUAAAAGAAUCACUUAUAGAAGCAACGUUUCAUUGGCUAUAUUUAGUUUUAACAUUCAUACAUUUUCGCUUCACUCCACCAAACAAAUCGUUUUCAGUGUAGGGAACUUGAGCUGUGACCUGAGGUGUUAAAUGUACCGGACUGUUUGAAUGAUGGAUGCUGAGGUUGGAGUGAAUGACUGUAACCUGAGAUCUCCCUGGCAGGAAGGAACCCCUGUCUACAAGCUUUUAACAGGGAGAGAAAUUAGACCUGUCCUUCAUCGCAGCAUUCAUUGCAGAAUGUUUUGUUUGCACACUACAGGUUUGAGAUGAAAUAUGUCUAACAAUCACAGUACUUGUAGGUCUCUUGUAUAAAAGUGAACACAAAUGUAUGUUUUAUAUUUAUACAUACUUUAUCACAAAUAAAUUUCUAUAAACAGUCA